AUGGCCAAGUACGAGGCCAAAGCGGAAUCGUCGAAAACAAAGAAAUGGCUCCAAAGAGUCUCUGAAACCAUCUGCCAUUACAGCCAAGUACUGGACGUCUUUGUUCAGCACCAUCCCGAGUAUGUUGCUCUAGUCUUGGGAACCAUGAAGCUAGUAUUCAUAAGUGCUGUGAACCACGCAGAAACCCUGGAACUCCUAUCAACAUCCCUCUUUGAAGUUGCGCAGCGUUUUCCACGCGCCAGGGUUCUUUCAAUGCUUUACCCGACUAAGGAGAUCCGUGUUGCCGUCGAGAGGCUCUACGCCGCGAUGCUACAGUUCCUUCUGAUGGCUCACUCGUGGUUUAAUGAGUCCAAGUUCCGCCAUAUAUAUCACAGCUUCACGCGGCCACAUGAGCUUAGGUAUAAGAAACUACUGCAGAGGAUGACGGGUUGCACCAACGAGAUCAACGAGUGGGCGGAUGUAGGGGUUCGCACUGAAAUUCGAGUCAUGCAUGCGGGUUUCAUCGGUCAACUUGAAAAGGCCAUCACCGCUGUACAGAAUUCUACGAGCGAUAAGCCGCAUCGAAUAGACGGCCUAAUCCGCGCAGCAUCAAGUCUGAGAGACGAGGUCAGGCAGCAACACAAGCUGUUGAUGCACAAUGUAGAAGCAUCAAGGAAUGGGACCGGAGCUGGGACUGAUCAACUUAUAGCAAGGGUGGAAGCCCUCCACUCCAUUACCACCAGUGGUCAGCUGAAUAACAACCAGAAGCUGUCGGAGCUGCAACUGUCCCAAGUCCUCAACAGCCUCUCUCAGCAGUUUGAGGACCCUGAUCGAUGUCUCAAACAAAAUUUGUUUUUCCGACAUCGAAGAGCUUCUGGUCGGGGCAAUCCCGUAUCAACCAACGAGUUCUGGUUGUCCCCGAAGCUUGCAAAGUGGUCCUCAGGCAACGGCUCAUCCCUGGCAAUCAUCAAGGGCACCUUCACGUUACGAUCGGCCAUUCAAGUCUUUGGCGUCAACGCGAAUCUCUCAAUGUGGACCGUUCCAACGCUCUGGGCAUUGGCCAGCUCUCAGAAGCCAAGGUCAAGCCCGACGCUGACAACGACGGACUUGGUGAAGUAUCUUACUUACCAGGCGCUGAGGUUCCCUAGGGUUGUUCAGACUGAGAAGCAAAUGUCAUGGCACUAUUCACAGCUUCAAACCGAAAGGACACUGAGAGAAUGGCUUACCCUGUUCAAACGCAUCAUCGGGGGUUUGGGAAGGCAGGUGUACAUGGUUGUUGAUCUAGCCAUGGUGGGCUCCCUCCUCGAGUCUGUGGAAGGCCUCAAUUUCAUCCAAGAGAUUAGCCAGGUUUUGAGCGACGUGUCUGAGCAAGAGAAGGGCGUUAAGGUCAAGAUGGUAAUCCUAGCCUACGAAGCGGAAUGGUUCAGACUCAUAUCAAGGGAGCUUUCGGAUCCAAUUAUCCCAGUAAAGCCAAUGAGGACAGGGAGGCGACAAGGCGAGGAAAUGAGAAAUUCCAUCAAUAGGCAAUUCGUUUCUUCUCGUGGCACAAGACAGGCACGGCGAGUUUAG